AUGUCUUUGGUAAGAAAAACGAAUUUCAAAAAUGUUAAUAAAUUGUAUGGACAAUUAAUCAUAGGACCUCCUGGUGCCGGCAAAACAACAUACUGCAGUGAAAUGUCAAAGCUAUUAAGAAAACUUGGAAGGAAAACAAUUAUUGUCAACCUGGAUCCAGCUAAUGAUAACAUUACUUACGAACCCGAUAUUGACUUGCGAAAUUUAAUAACUUUAGAAAAUGUUAUGGAAGUGCACAAUUUGGGUCCUAAUGGUGCACUGCUGUACUGUAUGGAAUAUUUAGAAAAAAAUAUAGAAUGGCUUAUAGAACAACUAAGAGAUGAGCAUGCUGCAAAUUAUAUAUUUGAUUUACCUGGUCAGGUUGAGCUUUACAGCCAUCAUGAGUCAUUAACAAAUAUUUUCUCAAAAUUAGCUAACACUGCAAACUUGCAACUUUGUGUGAUACAUCUUGUUGAUUCACAUCACUGUUCUGAUGCUGGAAAAUUUAUUUCAGCUUUAAUGUUGUCUUUAAAUGCCAUGUUGAAACUAGGCUUUCCACACAUUAAUUUACUUACUAAAGUAGAUUUACUAAAAAAACAUUCAGAUAAAUUGCAAUUUGGUAUAGAUUUCUAUACUGAAGUUUUAGAUUUAAAUUAUUUAUUGGAUUCUUUAGAUACUGACCACUUUGCCAGAAAAUAUACAAAGUUAAACAGAGCCUUGGUGUCUAUAAUAGAAGAUUAUAGCUUGGUAACAUUUCAAUUAGUUAACAUGUUUAAAGAGGAAAGUUUAAUUAAAGUUAAGAACUCUGUGGAUAAGGCUAAUGGCUAUGUUUUUAAAGCAGAUGAAGGUCGCCAUAUAAACAGCUUGUUGGCCUGUGCUAUGGGCAUUCCAGAUAAAACUAGUGAUGUAUAG